AUGAAGCGGGCGACGUGGGUGGACGUGGAAACGGGGGGCCGUCUCGGCUGCAACGGCGAGAUUUUCUGGAGCGAAUGCGCCGAGUGUGACUGCUCUUAUUGCAACCCCAACUACGUCUGCGUCUGUGGUAGCGAUAAGAUGGAAACUUCGGGUGGGUCGGAGAGUUCAGGCGGUGAGGACGCAGAGGCGCGGCGGUCGCGGCGCGGCCACGUGCUUGCUGAGCUCUUACAAACCGAGAGGAUCUACGUACAGGAACUAGGCUCCAUACUUAGCGGUUAUAAAGAAGAAAUUGAAAAACCGGAGAAUCAACAUGUGAUCCCGUCGGCGUUGGUGGGACAGGCGGACGUGUUAUUUGGGAACCUCCAUGAAUUGUUCACAUUCCACCAGGACGUGUUUCUGAAAGACCUCGAGCGUUCCAUAUCAGCGACAGAGUUGGUAGCACUGUGCUUCGUCGAAAAGAGGGAGACAUUCUUCAGAUUGUAUAGCUAUUACUGCCAGAACAUACCGAGAUCAGAGCGCCUUCGGGAGACAUUAGUGGACACACACCUCUUCCUUCAAGCGUGUCAACAACGUCUCGGACACAAACUGCCUCUGGCUGCUUAUCUACUAAAACCUGUGCAGAGGAUUACAAAAUAUCAAUUAUUGCUUAAGGAUUUACUACGUUAUAGUGAAUGUGGAUCGAUGAGCGCCGGUCUGCAACAAGCUCUGGACUGCAUGCUUGUAGUACUGAAGUGCGUUAACGACUCUAUGCACCAAAUUGCAAUCACAGGCGUUCCUGUGGACCUAAGCCAGCAGGGCGAGUUGCUUUUGCAAAGCUCUUUCAUGGUGGUGUCGGAGAACAAGCGUGACCUGCGUUUACGCUUAAGGCCGCGACGCCGUCACAUCUUCCUCUACGAGAAGGCCAUGCUCUUCUGCAAGUCGGCCACCAAGAAUAGUCACAACAAAGCCACCUACCAUUUCAAACAUGACUUGCAGAUGUCACAAAUCGGCCUUACGGAGUCGGUGAAGGGCGAUCCGCGCAAGUUCGAGGUGUGGCGCCAGGGCCGGGCGGAGGUGCAUACGAUAACCGCGCCCACGGUGGAGGUCAAGCGAACUUGGGUGGAGCGCAUCAAACGCGUUCUACUCGACCAGCUCAAAGAGCUGAAAGGGGAGAAGGUGCGCCAGUACGGCGCGCAGCACAGGACACUGAUCCAGACGAGCUCUUGGGAGGCGGCGCCGCUGGCCGUCGCGCGGGCGCCCGCCCCCGGCGGCGGCAGGACGGCCUCCUGCGACGCCCACGAGGAGCCCUGCUGGUCCACCGACCCCUCGGACGACGACGACGAUGAAGCCGAGCACGCGCCGGUGACGGAGGCCGUCGGUCUCAACGGUACCAUACACAGAAUGGUACAGUUCUUUUCAGUAUCGGGCUCCACGCAAGCCAACUCCACGUUUUACCUUAAAGUAACCAAAGACUUCGAAGUAACGGAUAUUUCAGUUGUUCCGCUGAACAUUAACUAUCGUGCUGUGGGGUGUUCGCUGGUGGCGCUUUCUGAGUACACGGCGGUGGGGGCGAGCGAGGUGUCUCUGCGUGAGGGUCAGCAAGCCGAGCUGCUCAAGGUCGGCUGUGCCGGCUGGUGGUACGUGCGCCUCGCAGGCGGGCAGGGCGAGGGCUGGGCGCCGGCGGCGUACUUGGACCAGCGAAAGACCUCGCGCUCGUCCAGCCGCUCGCACGACCGCCUGCACGACCAC